UCCAUUUGUUUCCAAUCUCACGUGGUGAAAUUAAUGUGGCAGUCAAAUGUUCGCAAUUGACAUGCUCCAGCCAGGCCUAGGGAAUGUCGCUUCCGAUGGUCUCCUGGCUGUGUCUGUAGGGAUGGCACCAAAGGGAGACACUCUUGGUUGGGGUUGACCUCAAACUUGCUAUGUAAUCGAAGAUGGCCUUUACCUCCCAAGCACUGGGAUUACAGGCUUGGGCUACAAGGACCCCUGCCGAUGGUGGACCUGCUGUUUAACCUGGAUCGGGUGACUGCCAUGGAACACUUACUCAAGUCAGUCUUGCUGUAUACUCUGAACACCUCGGCUGCUUCCUCCUCCACCGUGACCUGUGUGUGGGACCUUGUGGUAAAGGAGCCCACGUCUUCCGGCAAGGCUCCCCCAAGAGUGCCAUACUCCUUUACCUUGAAGAAACACAGAUGGAUUGAGAUGGAUGUGACUUCCCUCCUUCAGCCUCUGGUGGCCUCCAGCGAGAGAAGCAUUCACAUGUCUGUCAAUUUUACAUGCACAAAAGGCCAGGCCCCGGGGGACAGUGUGUUUAACAUGCCUCUGUCAGUGCCUCCCUCACUCAUCUUAUACCUCAACGACACCAGCGCUCAGGCCUACCAUUCAUGGUAUUCCCUCCACUCCACCUGGAGGCCUUCACAGCAUCCUGGCCAGGGCAACGUGGCUGCCUAUCCGGGGAAAGAAGAGGCUGCCGAGGUCGAAAGAUCUGCCCGGCACCGUCGAGGGCAGAAAGCCGUCAGCUUAGAAACCAAGAAGCCACAUCUUACGGCAUCCUUCAAUCUCAGCGAAUACUUCAAACAGUUUCUUUUCCCCGAAAACGAGUGUGAACUCCACGACUUCAGACUGAGUUUUAGUCAGCUCAAGUGGGACAACUGGAUCGUGGCUCCACACAGAUACAACCCUAGGUACUGUAAAGGGGACUGUCCCAGGGCGGUCAGGCAUCGGUACGGCUCUCCUGUACACACCCUGGUCCAGAAUAUCAUCUAUGAGAAGCUGGACCCCUCAGUGCCAAGGCCUUCAUGUGUGCCUGGCAAAUACAGCCCCUUGAGCGUGUUGACCAUUGAACCCGACGGCUCCAUUGCUUACAAAGAGUACGAAGAUAUGAUAGCUACAAGGUGUACCUGUCGUUAGCACGGGCCCUCUACACCAACACCUUGAACCUGUCUGGCAGAGCCAACCCUGGGGGCUUUAGCAUGCCUGGGCAGAGAGCUUCAUGUGACCAAUCGCUCCGUGGCACUCAGUGCACAUUGUGUGAGGGGGGAGUGUGUGUGGGAUGAGCAUGUUGUGUGUAGCAUUUCUGGGUGUAAAGGACACACACUGGUUGUUGCCACAAACCAAGUGAAAUGUUUGUUUGGAGACCUCCCUUUUUCUUCUCUUCCCAUGAGUGUUUUUGAUGGACAAACUGAUUAGCAUAAGUCUUGAGUGGAACUGCAGUUGUGAACACUUUAGAGUGUGUGGUUUUAUGUGACAGAAGACUGAAUAAAUUCCUGUUGAUGGCAUAAA